AUGGUUGUGGCUACAAACGUCAAUAGCGGAAAUGAAUCAUCCACAUAUUCACCAAUUGAAACUCGAACAAUAAUUCAAAAUGUAGAAGACAAGAUUCGAGUAAAAUCAAUUUCGUUAGGAUUAAGAAUUACCGAGUUUUUUCAUGAUUUUGAUCGUCUGCGUUCUGGAUAUGUUACAAGAUCUCAAUUUAAACGAUGUUUGGACACAAAUUUACGAUUGAGAUUAUCAUCAACGGAAGAAGAAUUAUUAUUCUCAAAAUAUGAUUUAAAAGGUGAUGGAACCAUUUGUUACAGAGAAUUUUGUGAUAUUAUCAAUCGAAAAUAUCCUGAAACAACAUUAACACCACAUCCAGAUGAUUUAAUUAACAAUGCUCCACCAUAUUUAAAUUCUAGAGUAUCUACACGACACAUAUCAGAACAAGAAGAAUUUGAACAAUUACAAUUAUUAUUAAAACGAAUUGCAAUUUAUUAUAAACAACGUGGUAUCGAUGUUUUGACAAUAAUGGAACAAUAUGAUAAACAUAAAAUGGGAUGUAUUACAGAUUCACAAGUACGUAGAAAAUUUUUAUUAAUAAUUUAUCUAUUUCUUUUUAUUGAUAUGUUCCAGUUUUAUCGAGCAUUUCCGGGUCCAAAUUUAACAGAAAGAGAAAUGACCGUAUUAAGAGACAAGUAUUCUGAUCCAGAAAAGGCUGGUUUAAUAAAUUAUUUGAAUUUUGUUAAUGAUUUGAACGUUACCACAAAAACAAUAGAGAAUAGUGAACGUUUCAAUCAAAUGGUUGAUGGUCAAGGAGCAGAUGGAUCUUAUUUUGUGGGAAUGGAAAAUAAAAGUGAUCAACGAUCAAUACAAGAAAUAUUAGACAAAAUUCGUAUUGUUGUCUUUCGAAAUGGCAUACGUAUAGGUGAUUUUUUUAAAGAUUAUGAUAAAUUACGUAGUGGUAUUAUUCAAGAAACACAAUUUGAAAGUGCAUUAUCAUUAUCCGUUCAAAAACAAGCUUAUUUAAAUAUGAAUGAUAUAAAAAAAUUAUCAGAAUAUUAUCGAAGACCUGAUGGUCGAAUUUAUUACAAAGAAUUUGUUGAUUCAAUGGAAAAUGCGUUUAAUAUUCCGGAAUUGGAGAAAAAACCACUUACACAGGUGUUUCGACCGGGACAUGGUGCUUUAUCACGAGACGAUCGUGUACGUUCUAUAUUAGAAAAUAUAACAGAAAAAGUUCAAAAACGAAGACUUAUUUUAUUUCCAUUUUUCAAACCAUAUGAUAGAAGUAAAGCAUUUACACGUGCAUGCUCAAAACAUCAAUUUGGACGAGUGCUUCGUACAUUAGAUCUUUUACCAUCACCUCAUGAUUUUAAUAUUCUGUGCAAAAAAUUUGAAGAUCGUGAAACAGGCGAUAUUAAUUAUGCUCUAUUUUGUCAAAUGGCUGAAUCAGAUUUUGUUGCUAUCAAAGUUGAUCGAGAAGAAGAAUUUCAAUUUGAAAAAGCAAAUAUUAGUCAAAAAAAAGCUGAAAUAUUGAAAAUUGAUACAUCAAUGGUUAAUAUGAAAGAUUUAAUGGGACGAAUUCGACAUCAUGUUCUUAUCAAUCGAAUACGUGUACGUAUUGAACACAGUAAUAUUGUGAAAGAAUUUUUUGAAGAUUUUGAUCCACUUCGUCUUGGUACUAUUAGUGAACCGCGAUUUAUACGAGUACUAACAAGUCUAGGUUUGACGGGACUUGACGGUGUACCGUUAACUGUACCACAAAUGCAAGCAUUAUGUGAUCAUUAUCGUCAUCCGGAACAACGCGAUCUUGUACUUUGGAAACAGUUUGAACAAGAUAUUGAAUCUGUAUUUACUUUAACGGGUCUUGAAAAAGUGCCUGAUUUACAAGUACCAGAGACUUCUAUUUACGAAAUGCCAGCACCUGGAACAACUGAUUUAUUUAAUAUUGAUCCAUUCAAUAGGGAAGAAUUGAAGCAGGCAAUGGAAAGUUGGAGAAUGAAAGUAUUACAGAAACGAAUAGAUAUCUAUCAACCAUUUAGACAAUUUGACAAACAUAAUCGUGGACAUGUGACACGAGCACAAUUUCGUCAAUCAUUAGCUAUACUUGGUUUACCAUAUACUGAAAAAGAUUUAGAGGCUGUUGAAUCAGCUUUUAUAGACGAUGAUGGUUUCAAUUAUCGACGAUUUUUAGAAACAAUUUCACCGAUUAAAGUAGAACAAUUAAAAUAUUCAAUAUUACAACAAGAGUUAAAAGAUUUGGGUAAACAAAGAGUUCUGCCGGAAAAUAAACCUCUAACGAGUAUUCAAGAUGUAUUACAAAAAAUUAAAAUACAAGUUUAUCGUCGACGUAUUCGUUUGUAUGAAUGGUUAAAAGAUCAUGAUAAACUCAAUUGUGGAAGAUUGCCUUGUGAUACGUUUCGACGGGCAAUUAAUCCAUGUAAUCUUGAAUUACUUGAAAGUGAAUUAUCAUUGUUGGAAGAUUAUUAUCGCUCAAGAGUGGACAGUGGUGUAAUUGAAUAUAAAAAAUUUUGUGAUGAAAUUGAAUCGAUAUUCACCACAGAUUUUCUUGAAAAAAAUCCACUUGUUCAUAAUGAUCCAUAUCAGGUACAAAAAGAAGCAAGUGAAAUUCGAAUGGAUCCAGAUAAAGAAGAUCGUGUAAAACAAUUAUUGGAAAAAUUAGCAUAUAGAGUACAUUCACGGCGAUUACAAUUAUUUCCAUUGUUCGAAGACUUUGAUAGAAUUCACAAUGGUUAUGUAAGUCAAAAUCAAUUUUUACGUGUUUUAAAUGACCUGGGUUUAUUACCAAUGACAAAUGGAUUUGAAAAAGAAAAUUUAUUAGAAAAAUAUCGAGUAAAAAUUGGUGGUCGAGACGACAUUGAUUAUAUCUCGUUUUGUGAUCAAUUAAAUGCAUUGGCAGGCUUUGAAAAUGGUUUGCCUUGA